AUGAAUAAUAUUCGUUCAUUACUUUCAAAUUCAUCAUCAACUGUUCCUUUAAACUUGGAGGUGGAAACAACAGAUUCAUUAACUGCCGUUGCUGGACAUAUUUGUGUUUCUUAUAGAGGAUGUUUAAUUUGUUGGGGUGGUUACUGCUUUGAUGAAAGAGAAAUUAAUUAUAGGGAAACUAAUUGGCUAUAUAUUCUUCCUUAUAUACUCUGUGGAGAGAAAAAUAAUAUUUGGAUCAAAAUUCAAUGUGAAACAAAUUUACAAUUACGUCCAAAUUCUGGAGCAACGGCUGGUGUUCAUAAAGAUAUUUUGUAUAUAUUUGGAGGAUGUCUUUUUGAUGAAAUUCAUCGACGUUUAACGAAUACAUCAACAUUGCUAGCAAUUGAUCUUCGAACAGGCGUUUUAUCACCAAAAAGUAUACCUCAAAAUGGAAAAAUGCCAACACCGAGAGACAAAACAUCUUCGUGGAUUGUUGAUGACAAAUUUUUCAUUUUUGGUGGCUAUGGAAUGAGUUGGUAUCGUCUUGGACAUGGCAGCAAUCAACAAUAUUUUUUCCAACCUCAAUAUUUUUGUGAUGAUGAUAUGGGGACUUGUUGGAACAAUCAAUUAAUUUAUUAUGAUUUAAUCAAAGAAUGCUGGGUUGAAAAAGAGCAAGGUGGAACACGUCCUUCAGCUAGGGCUGCUGCUGCUUGUGCACAUGCUGAAGAAAUAAAUCAGGUUUUCAUUUUUGGAGGGCGGCAUAAUCAAUCUCGUUUAAACGAUUUGUAUUGUCUCGAUUUGGGAAGUUUUGUUUGGACACAAUUAGAUGCAUUUGUUGAUGGACUUUCCGAUUGGUUACCUAUAGGUCGAUCGUGGUGUUCAAUGACUUUACUUAACAGGCAAAGAAAGAUUUUAUGUUAUGGAGGCCUUUGUUCUCGAGGUCAAUCACUUUGCGAUCUUUGGGAAUUGGAUAUAAAUGAAUUAUAUAAUCAAAAAAUUCAACAACAAAAACAAUUAAAAUCUUAUAUAAAUCAACAAAAUACAGACGAGAAAAAACAUUUUUGGAGACAAAUUCCUCCAUUAGAACAUCGACUUCCUUCAAGACUUUGGCAUUGUUCUGUAUUAAUGGGGGAAGAAGCUAUACUUAUUUAUGGUGGAAUGAAUGAGGCCCCUUCAAGAGAAUCUCCUUUUGUUCAUACUCUUCUUGUUUAUCGUAUCUCACCUCCUUCACUUCGACAAUUAGCUUUAAAUGCUUUGGCUUCUUUAAUUGUUGAACGUUGGAUUGCACAAACAACAACUACUAAAGUUGAUAAUAAUAAUAAAUCGAAUCUUCAUUUAACUUGUUCUACUUCAAAAUCAUCUCAUCAAAAUUGUAUUUUAUCAUCUCACAACAACAUCAAUCAUCAACAACCUUUUUUGGAUUUACAAACUUUUGCUGAUUCAAUUUAUUUUUCUCAUUUACCCAAUUCAUUACAUUCACAUUUACGUGUACUUUUAUGUAUUAGAAGACGUUCAAAAGCUUUAAAAUAUAAUAAUGGUGGUGGUAAUACUCCAAGAGAUUCUUCACCUUCUCAUUUUUGGCAUCCUUCUCCAGUACCUCAAAAUUUCCAUUUAUUAAAUCUUGAUGGAAUUGUUGGUGAUGAUGGUGAUUUGUCUGAUGUUGGAGAGGAUGGAGAACAAAGGCAUCGUCGAAAUCUUCGUAAUUUUCCACCUCUUUCGCCAAUGUCACAAAAGCGAGCACUUGCCGAUGAAUUAUUAAAGUUAAUUUGUGAAAAUGGUGGGAAGAAUUGUACGAAAAAUAAAUUGCCAUUUUUACAAAGAUUUUUCAACAAUUUUGAUUUAAAAUAAUACAUUCUAGGUAAAUAUUAUUUUUUAUUUAAAAUAAUCUAAAAUAACUGCCAUUUUCUUAUUUUUUUAUAUUCCCAAAAGUCUUGUGAAUUUUUUUAGAAAGAUUGUCGGAAACUGUUUUGGUCUUAUGUUCGGUUCUGAAUAUCCUAGGAUUCUCCAAUAAAUGACAAACCUAAACAUGAGGGGGAAAAAAGAACUCCUUUC